AAUCAAUUAAUCGAUGGUCAUGUGUAACUGCCUUCAUUGUCAGGAGAUAGGGUACUUAGGCCUAAAUUAAUUUCAAUCAAAAUAACAAAAAAUUGUCAGCUGCCCAAUUAAUUCCUUGUCUCGCGAUAUUCUGGAAAUGCUCUCCAGCAGCAGAUGCUGCCAGUGAGUGGAAGGAGAGAGGGGGGUGAGAAACCUAACAAAACCGCAACCUUCUAUCGUGGAAACUGCAGUUUUAUUCGAAAACACCACGAUUGUUACAUUAUUUAUAUACACACAACGUGACUGGUUUGAAAAACAUCGUAAUUUAACCCAAGGUAUCUGUGCCAAGUGUAUUAGAGACCCAUAUCUAAUUAAACUAGCAAUGGCGUUGAAAAGAAUUCAAAAGGAACUGACAGAUUUGCAGAGGGAUCCACCUGCACAGUGCUCAGCGGGACCAGUUGGAGAUGAUUUGUUUCACUGGCAGGCAACAAUAAUGGGUCCGAAUGACAGUCCUUAUCAGGGAGGAGUGUUCUUCUUGACUAUUCACUUCCCUACAGAUUACCCCUUCAAACCACCAAAGGUUGCGUUCACGACAAAGAUCUACCACCCUAAUAUCAACAGCAAUGGAAGUAUUUGUCUGGAUAUAUUGAGAUCGCAAUGGUCGCCUGCACUCACUGUAUCAAAAGUUCUCUUGUCAAUCUGCUCUCUGCUUUGCGAUCCGAACCCAGAUGACCCGCUUGUACCAGAGAUUGCACACACCUACAAAGCUGACAGGGAAAAGUACAACAGACUAGCAAGAGAAUGGACACAGAAGUAUGCAAUGUGAAAAUGGCUGUUAAAUUAAAACACUAAAAGAAGAAAAUAAACAUGUUUAAUAUUAACCCAAGGCAAAGGAACAAGAGGGGAAACAUAACUAGACACUCGGGUUGGAGAAGGAAGCGAUAAAAUAAGGGACAGUGCAACCUGGCUGCUAAGUGCUGAGCUGCUGCCAUGUGCUGUUCUUCAUGACUUGUAUGGAUCUGCUGAGGAACUCCUGAAAGCACUCCCUUAUGGAAUACUGGAACCUCAUGUUCCAAACCACCACACCCAGACUUUAACUAUUACUACUUCUAUUGUGACUAUUAUCAGUGUUACUAUUCAUACUCUUAUUAUGAUCACUGUUAUUAUCAUAAUGAUUGUGUUCUACUGAAUGCUGAAACAUUGGGUUUGAAUUUGGAGGGGACUAGUUAGCGGCUUGGUUCUCCCUCCUUUCAAAGGUACUUUCUUUGUCCCUCUGGAUGUCUUGUUCAUGUAUUCAGUGGCCUUGCUGUAUUAUUGUAAUAACCUCUUCUCAGAUGUUAGCUGUGAAAUUGAGGUGGAGUGCUCAGCACAAUGGUGCAUGGCUAUAUCCAGCAGCGUGGUUCUAUUGCCCACAAAGUCUUGAAAUACAGUCUCGGGUUGGUCUCAAACCCAGACAUAAUGUAAGAUAAGAAAUUUUGCUUCCCCCUGAGCCAAUUUUGUUUUCACUCAAUGCAUUUGGAAAUGUCCCAAAUGCAGUGAUAGGUGGUCUUUGAAGAGCCUGGAGAGAGGUGCAAUCAAGGUGAGCUGGACUGGUAUCUGUGCUCAUGGGAAAGCGACCAGGGAAAAAGUUCUGAACCUGCCACUACUUUUAUCACUUGUCAUCUAUGUCCCCUUUUCUUGUCCUAGAUCCAUCCAGGGCUAGCAUCUUGUCAUAUAACAUCCAACUGUAAAGACACUUAAACCCUGGUAAAGCUAAUCUCUGAGAUUAACUCCUCCCAGCCAUACAAUGCCACUUUCUAAAUACAGUAGCUCAGGUAUAUAUCCAACUCACCUGUCUGAAAUGGCACUGUAGUGACCUGUGGUGUGAGAAAUGAUCAGACCUGUUUUGCACAGUGAGUUACUGCUUUAAUCCAGAAGUUGUGUUUUUGGAUGUCUGACAUGGGUCAUUCAUUAGCUUUCACCUUCUCAAUUUAUCAAAUUGUUUUACUGUACAACACUGAUGUGAAUGUUUUCAAACCGGUUUUGUUAAUGCUUGGAGAGACUGCACAUGCUAAUGUUUUGGAUAUGCCAUUGGUUAAAACUAGAGUAUUUAAAAAAAAUAAACUUUUUUUUUUUUUUUAAUCUCCAUUAGAUGGGAGUUUAAAGACUUCCUUUAAUGAAAAACUGUUGCAGAUUUAUGAAUAAACAUUAAGUUUUGUUUUUAGUUUGACUAAAUUCAGAUGUAUUUGUCAUCAUGGUUUAUUGUGAAGUUUCACAAGGUGUUUCACAUGUUUCCCGUGCCUUUUACAUCUUACAUUGUAACAUGAGCUCUAACCUGGAUCUUGGCAGCUGCUUAUUUGUUUUAGCAGAUGUCUUGAGAUUUUGUUCUCAUCAUUGGAACCUUACUUUCGCUUUAUUUUUCCAGAGGGUCUGCAACAGUGUGCAAUGCAUUAGUAACCUAGUAUUCUGCAAUCUUGAUUGUAGUUAUGCCAUUAGUGAUUAAUCUGCCAUUAGUAAUAUCAAAUUCAACGUCAACAUAAUCCUGUGCAGGUGCUGGAUUAUUUAGACUGCAUCUGUGUUGCGCCAUAGAUUGGUUAAAAAUAAAGUAUAACUGUCUUGCCGUGGAAAGGGAAUAAAAAGUAUUGGGGGGAGGGAGUAUAAAACAUUUGGCCGUUGACGUGUUAAUAAAUCGAUUUCAAGAGGAGAGUUUUAAGAUUCAGAAGACACUUCAGGAACUUCCAUAUAUGGGCAUUGUCUUCUGUAUUGGAAUGUAGACUUCGAGCAGGAACUCCAUAUAUGGGUACAGAGUUCAUAUUGAAAUGUGGCCCUGAACAGGAAUGCCACACAACCGGCACCAACAUUAAUAUUGCAAUGCACCCCCUGAAGCAGGAACACAUUGGAAUGAGGCCAUUACCAAAACUCCAUAUAUGGACAUAGAGCUGUGACCAUCCCAAUUUGCAUCCAAUCUUCAUUAGCCACAACCUGAAUCCACUUGCUUAAUCAACCACCCUCAUAGUAUUUAAAUGACAUCCAUUGUCAUGCCUUUACAUUGGCCUAACAAACAGGCUGUACUGCAAGUUUGUGAUGAGCCAUUGGCCCGCCACACUGUUGAGUGGCUUCCUGCACAAUGGUGGGCCAGCUCAACCCUGGUCCAUGAUGGGGUGCUGGCCCUGCCAUCAGGCUCAGCACAACCACAGUUCACAACUAGGGGUUGUCUCUAUCGGGAAGCCAGGUACUAAUCGUGACCAGGGGCUGGCCUCCCUGUCAACAAUCCACUACAAAACCCUCAUACCAAACUUGAUCAACUACUAUUCCUUCUGAAAUGUUUGUCAGGUGGCAGGAAGCCAAACUUGUGAAAUGCUUGAUAUUGUCGCAGUGACUGUCUUUCCAUAGAUUUAAUGAAGGAUCAGUUAGGUUGACUGGGCUGGAAAAACAUGUUCUAGACUAUAGACUGGUUUUUACUUACUAUGGAGCUCAAUGCAUACGUUCUCAUUAUGACAUUUAGAAUAGGUCAUAAGGCUAUGAUUUUGGCACAAAAUGUCUUUUCAAAAUUGUUCUACAAUUUAGCUGCAAUGGAUUGAAUAUCGACUCUGAAUACAUCAGAAUCAUCUGGCAGUAAAACCAAUUUUUAAAAAGACAGGCAGUCAGUAAUGCCACUGGACAAAACGUGGCUCUUUAUAUUUGUUUGGUUAUUUAUUUAUUUGUAAUCUGUCUUCCAGAUGUCAUUUUUGAGUGCAAUCAGCAUCGAUCCAUCAAAUGUUCCUUUCAGAAUAACAUCUUGUUUUGAUCCAAAGAGAUACAGACUAGAAUGAUCUCAAUGGAGGUCAUGAUAGGCAGCUUGGCAUGCUUUGCAAAAUGGAGAACCUUUUCACAGGGAUAUCUUUACAAUUAAUUUGCCUGACACUUUUAAUUAAAAUCUUAGCCUUUACCAUUUUGUGUAUAGAUAAUGUAAAUUGCUAUCAGGGCUUGUUUUCCCCAAAGGGACAUUUAUUUCAUUUGAUCAGUAGAUACUUGCCAUGUAAAUUGAAAUAAAUCUACAAUUUUUAUUUUUUAAA